CACGGGUUGACGCACUAACGUUACCCACAGCAAGGUUACAUGCGACUGGACUUAAUGGAUGAAGUUCGACAACACACGUUGUCCCGUUUUUGGAAUUGAUAUUGAUUUCCCCUGGUAACCAUGCGGCGUAGUAAGGCCGAUGUGGAUCGCUACAUUUCUUCAGUACAAAGCGCUUCUCCUUCAGUGAAAGAGAAACCCUUGAAAGGCUUCUUGUUCGCAAAAUUGUACUUCGAAGCAAAAGAAUAUGAGCUUGCAAAGAGACAUGUAUCAGCCUAUUUAUCAGUCCAGGAGAGAGAUCCCAAAGCGCACAAAUUCCUUGGUCAGCUCUAUGAACGUGACGGUGAUGUCAACAAAGCAGUGGGCUGCUAUAAGCGCUCAGUCGAUCUUAACCCAGCUCAGCGAGAUCUUGUACUUAAAGUGGCGGAGCUGUUGUGCAGUAAAGAUGAACGAGACAGCCGAGCAGAAUUUUGGGUUGAAAAGGCAUCCAAGCUUAUGCCUGGCAGCCCUGCUGUUUUUAAGCUAAAGGAGAAGCUGCUGAGCAGACAAGGACAGCAGGGCUGGAACCAGCUGUUUGAUCUCUUGCAGUCGGAGCUACAGUUGCGUCCAGGAGAUGCUCAUGUGAAUAUAAAACUUGUUGAGUUGCACUGCUCCGACGGAAGGUUGGAGGAAGCCGUCAAGCAUUGCUUGUCUGUUGAGAAGGCAGGAGUCCUUUGUAACAGCUUGGACUGGUACACCACUGUUGUGUGUACAUUGCAGGACUACCUAAGCCAACCAAGUGUGUCCAUAAAUGACAAGUCUUGCCGCAAGUUUCAAAAGGAGCUUCUCCUGGCCCACUGUAAUCUGUUGAGAUGUACACUUUCUGAGAAGGGAGUUGCACUGUGCGCAGAAGCCUUGCAGAAUUUUGAUCAUGCAAUGCAGUCUCUGAAGAACACUGCCACCAACACUACAGAUGAGCUUGCAGAGAUGUUCACUGAGCUAAAGGGUCACUUGUACCUUUAUGCUGGAACGUUGUUACUAAAGAUGGCCCUAGACCGUGAACAACAAUGGAGAGCUGUGGUGGACUUGGCUGCCCUUUGUUACCUCUUGGCAUAUCAGGUUCCUAGACCAAAGAUAAAAAGUUCUAAAGGUGACCACCCCCCUCAGCACCCACUGGAACUUCUAGCUUGUGACCGACAGAGCCAGGCUGGCCACAUGCUGCUGAAUCUGAGUCAGGAUGUUGACCAGCUUGUGAAGGAUGUUGUUGAAGCAUUUGGAAACAGAAGUGGCCAGGGGACCCUUUUUGACAUGCUGUUUGGUGCCGAAGCCCCAGCUUCUCUGUCCUUCAUUGGCAAUGACGACAUCCGUUCCAUCAGUGCCCAAGCUCCUGAGAUUGCAGAUCUCAUCAAAGCUGAUAAUGGUGCAAUUCUAUGCGGCGGAGACUUGCAGCGUCUUACCUGGCUGGGAUUGCAGUGGUAUUUUAUGGCUCAAAGACCGGCUCUUCGAGAAUGGCUGAAGCAGCUUUUUCCUCGCCUCACCCUUGAAACCUCCAAGCUGGAUACAAACACACCAGAGUCUAUCUGUCUGCUUGACUUGGAGGUCUUUCUGUCUGGAGUGGUGUUUACGAGUCACACUCAACUUCAAGAGACUGCCAAGAUCUCUGCCAGCUCACAGCUACAUGAGCCCAGAUGCUUGCCCUUGCAGGUCAUGAAGCUUUUGUCCACAGACAGACAAAGACAGUGGUGGGACGCCGUGUACACACUCAUCCAUAAAAAGGCCCUACCUGGAACAUCAGCAAAACUGCGAAUGGUUGUUCAACACGGAUUAAGCACUCUUCGAGCUGGGGAGAAACAUGGUUUGCAGCCAGCACUGCUCAUACACUGGGCCCAACACCUCAGCGAAACGGGUGUUGGUGUAAACUCUUACUAUGACCAGAAAGACUACACUAGCCGUAGUGUGCACUAUUGGAAAGUGGUGCUCACUCUCCUGGAAAAGGUUAAAAAGCGAAGAGGCAUCCCUGAACCUCUUGAUCCACUGUUCCUGCAUUUUCCCAGUAAAGACAUACAGGUUUUGGAGGUUAAAGGCUAUGAAGAAGAAGCCAUGAUUGCCUUUGCUACACUUCUAGAUAUUGAGGGCAAAACCGAAGAGGCAAUUGCCACUCUUGAGGGUAUUAAUAGCAUCUCCUCUAAUUGGCAACUUGCAAGGAUAUUUCAGAGACUUUCAGAGGAGGCUGGUAAUGGUGUUGAGGAAACACAAGAUCGUUGUAUGACAUUCCUGAAGAAGUUCCGGAAGCAUCUGAUGAAAAUUUACAAUGCCAAUGCAACUGAAGUUGACAAGGUUUGGACUGUUGUGAAGCUUCCAGUAUCAAUGGAGGAAGUUAUGGACCUGCUAGAAGAAGUAAAUCAACAGCUGGGUGAAAAUGGUGAUGUCAUGGAUGAGGACGAAAGCCGUCCCCUCCACUCUAGCCCACACCAACUCUCAGAACCAGCCGCUGCAAGUUCACAGAUAAAAUUCUCUCCAUCACCAUCAAAGAAUAUAUCUUCUCCUUCCAGGAGACACAUGUUCUCUCCGAAGACGCCACCUCAUUGGGCAGAGGACCAGAAAUCUCUUCUUCAAAUGCUGUGUCAGACAGUUGAAGCACUAAAAAAUGAAGUUCAUGACUUGAGACUCAACUCCUCUGAUACAGCCGCCUCCCCACAUCACAGGGUUUAUGGUGAAGGAUAUAGUGCUGAAACCCUACAAGAGUCUUUUCCAGCUGCACAAACAUUCCAUGGUGCCCCUCUUACAGUAGCCACCACAGCUCCCAAUGUGUACUACAAUCAGUCUCCUGCUUACAACACGCAGUUUCUUCUACGUCCUGCUGCAAACGUUACACCAACAAAGGCACCAGUGUAUGGAAUCAACCGUCUGCCACCUCAGCAACAUAUGUAUGCCUAUCAGCAGCCCACACAUACUCCACCGCUGCAGACAACACCAGCAUGUGUUUAUCCUCAAGACUUUGGGGCACCACUUCGCUUUGAGUCACCAGCAACAAGUUUACUCUCCCCAUACAGUGAAGAAUACUACAGCCACAGUGUUCCUCCUCCUACAACCAAUCCACCUCUGCCAGAGCCUGGAUACUUCACCAAACCAUCUGUUGUCUCUGCUUCCCAGCCUCCAAAGACCAGUGAAGGAAAAACUUUGGACUUUGGAAAGAUAAGCUUUGGUCAGCCUGCUGAACCCUCCAAAGUGCCAGCCUUUGGCACCCAGUCAACAUCUACAAUGCCAUCUGCUGCCUUCAAAUUCAAUUCUAAUUUUAAAUCUAAUGAUGGUGACUUCACAUUCUCAUCCAGUCAGGUGAAAAACAGCGAAAGUCUCUUGGGACUUUUGACAUCAGACAUGCCUAGGAAUGAUGGACAAUCAGAAUCAAAACCCACAACUCAAGACCAGACACAGAGUCAAAGUGGGGUGUUUACAUUUGGCAGUCAAAAUGUAUCUGGGUUUUCUUUUGCUGAUGCUGCACAAAACAAGACCGGUUUAUUUGACAAACCUGAACAAACAUUUAGCUUCUCGGAGCUUGGCAAGUCAGUGACUGUGGAGCAAGAGGAUAAAGCUGGAGAGAGUGAUAAUGAUAGCACACAUGUUGAAGAGGAUGAAGAUGGACCACAUUUUGAGCCCAUUGUACCUUUACCUGAUAAAGUAGAUGUUAAAACUGGCGAAGAGGAGGAAGAGGAGAUGUUCUGCAACAGGGCUAAGCUAUUCCGAUUUGACACAGAGGCAAAGGAAUGGAAAGAGAGAGGAAUUGGGAGCAUCAAAAUUUUGAAGCACAAGACAUCAGGCAAAGUACGUUUGCUAAUGAGGAGGGAGCAGGUCCUUAAGAUCUGCGCCAACCAUUACAUCACUGCUGACAUGGUUUUAAAGCCAAAUGCUGGAUCUGAUAAGUCCUGGGUUUGGUAUGCUAUGGACUAUGCAGACGAAAUGCCAAAGACUGAACAACUCGCAAUUCGUUUUAAAACAUCAGAUGAGGCUGCCCUCUUCAAGGCAAAAUUUGAGGAGGCACAAAAAGUCUUACCAAAAUCACCACAAAAACAAGAUAAGCUGGACGGAAGCAAAGAAACUGAAAUGGCACCAGCGAAAGGGUUGGAUCUCAAAGCCCAGUUUGCUAAAAAAGAUGGUGAAUGGGACUGUGAUGUGUGCUGUGUUCGGAAUGCCUCUUCAGCUAAGCAUUGUGCUGCUUGUCAGACUCCUAACCCUAACUGUGCAAAAACUGAAGAACCAUCUGAAGAACCGAAAGGAUUUCCUCCAGUUAUCACAUCAGCAGGUGGGUUUACCUUUGGCAUUACCGGAGAGGCUGCAAAAGACACUAGCACUUUAUCUAAAGGAUUUUCUUCCUUUGGGUCACAGAUACCAGUUUCAUUUAAGUUUGGAACCAGCUCCUCGUCGACAUCAGCAUCCAUAAGUGAUCCUUCUGGGGCCACGUCAACUACUUCAUUUGGGGCUGAUUUUGGGGCUAACACAACAAACAAAACUACAGCAGAUGCCUCAACAAAGUCUUCAUUUUCAUUUGGAACUGGAUUUGGUGCUCAGUUUGCUAAGAAGGAAGGAGAAUGGGACUGUCCUACUUGUUGUGUAAGAAAUCCGGCCUCUUCAAGUAGCUGUGCUUCAUGUCAAACUCAGAACCCAUCAAGCAAAGGUGAUGAAGGAGCACCGAAAGCCUCCUCAUUUGCAUUUGGAACUGGAUUUGGUGCUCAGUUUGCCAAGAAGGAAGGAGAAUGGGACUGUCCUACUUGUUGUGUAAGAAAUCCGGCCUCUUCAAGUAGCUGUGCUUCAUGUCAAACUCCGAACCCAUCAAGCAAAGGUGAUGAAGGAGCACCGAAAGCCUCCUCAUUUGCAUUUGGAACUGGAUUUGGUGCUCAGUUCGCCAAGAAGGAAGGAGAGUGGGACUGUCCUACUUGUUGUGUAAGAAAUCCGGCCUCUUCAAGUAGCUGUGCUUCAUGUCAAACUCCGAACCCAUCAAGCAAAGGUGAUGAAGGAGCACCGAAAGCCUCCUCAUUUGCAUUUGGAACUGGAUUUGGUGCUCAAUUUGCUAAGAAGAAAGGGGAAUGGGACUGUCCUACUUGUUGUGUAAGAAAUCCAGCCUCUUCACGUAGUUGUGCUUCAUGUCAAACUCAGAACCCAUCAAGCAAAGGUGAUGAAGGAGCACCAGAAGCCUCCUCCAGUGUUUCAGGUUUUGGCUCCCAAUUUGCCAAGCAGGAUGGACAGUGGGACUGUGACCAGUGUCUUGUCAGAAAUGAGCCAACGUCUUCAAAUUGCAUCUCCUGCCAAGCCCCUGGUCCUGUUAAGCCAUCUCAAGGUGGAUUAGCAGCUAUGUUUGGAAAGAAAGAUGGACAGUGGGAUUGUGAUGCCUGUUUGGUAAGAAAUGAGGGCUACGCCAGCCAGUGUGUCUCUUGCCAGACACCCAAUCCCAGCGCAAAAAGCUCAACUACUUCGGGAUUUUCAAGCUCCUCCCUCAGCUUUAACCCUAGAGCUCCAACCAAAAUCAGCCAACCCACUGGUACAGGAUUUACAAGCAGUGGUCCCUUCCAAUUUGGUCCGAGUAAAGAGCCAAGCGCCCCCAGCAGCACAGGUUUCUCCUUUUCAAUCCCAACUGGUGGCUUUAAGUUUGGCAGCCAGGAGCCUGCUAAGGAAACAAAAGCCACUGAGAGUGAAACUGCUUCUGUUGGUUCUGCAUCGAUGUUUCUGAAAAACAUUGCAGAACAGCAUAGAGAAAAAGAAGAGAGAUCCACAUUGACAUCUUCUGAUGAGAAAUCUGAACAAGAUGAAAAUCCCCUCUUCCACCCCAAGCCCAACUCAUUCAGCUUUGCAGACCUGGCAAAAUCUAAAGAAGGCUUCCAGUUUGGCCAAGAAGAUCCCAGUUUCAAAGGGUUUGCGGGAGCAGGUGAACAACUUUUCUCUGUCCCUCAGUCAAACCAGAAAGAAGACGCCUCUGCAGAUCAAGAUGAAGAGGAUAUGUAUAAGACUGAUGAGAAUGAUGACAUUCAGUUUGAGCCAGUGGUGCAGAUGCCUGAAAGAGUAGAACUUGUCACCGGUGAAGAGGAUGAGGAGGUUCUUUACUGUCAUCGUGUGAAACUGUUCAGAUUUGACCCUGAAAUAAGUCAAUGGAAAGAGAGAGGAGUUGGCAACCUUAAGCUUCUGAAGAACUCUGUGAAUGGAAGGUUGAGGGUCCUUAUGAGGAGAGAGCAAGUCUUGAAGGUUUGUGCAAAUCACUGGAUCACUACAACAAUGAAUCUAAAGCCUCUCGCUGGAUCAGACCGUGCUUGGAUGUGGCUUGCGAAUGACUUUGCUGAUGGAGAUGCGAAGUUGGAGCAACUUGCUGCCAAAUUCAAAACACCAGAGCUGGCAGAAGAUUUCAAAUUAAAGUUUGAUGAGUGUCAAAAGCUUCUGUUGAACAUUCCUCUUCAGACACCCCAUAAACUGGUUGAUACCGGUAGAACAGCACAUCUGAUUCAGAAAGCAGAAGAAAUGAAAUCUGGUCUUAAAGACCUUAAAUCUUUCUUGACUGAUGACAAAAAGAUCAAAGAUGAUGAGUGUAAAGACAUUACAUCAACUAGUAAUGCGUCUGGGCUGUUCAUCAAACCUCAUGCUGAGACUACUGGUCCCACUUUGGAAUGGGACAAUUAUGAUUUACGAGAGGAAGCUCUUGAUGACAGUGCAGACACAUCUGUUUAUGCCUCCCCAUUAGCUAGCAGUCCUAUUCGUAAGAAUUUGUUCCGCUUUGGGGAAUCCACUGAUGGGUUUAAUUUCAGCUUCCAACCUGUUCUUAGUCCUGCAAAGUCACCAGCCAAAGUAAAUCAGAGCAGAGUGUCUGUUGGGACAGAUGAUGAGCAAGACACAACUCAAGAGGAAGAGCGGGAUGGUCAGUACUUUGAGCCUGUUGUGCCAUUACCUGACCUUGUGGAGAUAUCAACUGGGGAAGAAAAUGAGCAAGUGGUUUUCAGCCACAGGGCCAAGUUGUACCGGUAUGACAAAGACCUGAGCCAGUGGAAGGAGCGUGGUAUUGGAGACCUUAAAAUUCUACAGAGUUAUGACACCAAACGAGUGAGGCUUAUCAUGAGACGGGAUCAAGUUCUUAAACUGUGUGCAAACCAUUGGAUAACCAGCAUAAUGAACCUUGAGCCAAUGAAGGGUGCUGAUGAAAAGGCUUGGAUCUGGAGUGCUUUCGAUUUUACUGAAGGAGAAGGCAAAGUGGAGCAGUUGGCAGUCCGGUUCAAGCUACAAGACACUGCCAAAGCUUUCAAAGAAAUAUUUGAUGAAGCAAAGGUUGCUCAGGAUAAAGAGAUCCUCGUCACACCAGUGUCCUCAAGGGAAGGUCCAUCACAAGAGACUAUAUGUGGUAAAGCUGCUAUAGCUGUUCUUGAAGAGACCACACGUGAACGCACUGACUUGUCUUCUGAGACAUUCUAUACACCAGAAAACAAAACUGCCACUUCACCCAGUCCUAUGGCUGUCUCCAAAACUGUGGUUUCUCCACCUAAAUUUGUCUUUGGUACAGAUUCAGUCCAGAAAAUAUUUGGGAGCCCCCCUGCAAAAGAUGUAUCAUCUGGCAUACCCACGGAACCCAAAGAAAAAGCUCCAAGCACAUCAGCCUCCAGUCAGCCAGCCAUACCUGCAUUCAAGGUCCCUGAAGGAGCUGGCGCACAAACAAAGAAAGAUGAAGCCAUCUCAAGUGCUAGUACCGGUGCGGCGGAUGACCGGGCAGACUCUGAGGAAAUUGAAAUUGUGUAUGUGCGUGAGCCCACAAGGGGGCAGGCAGAGCUUGCCCGACAGUUGAUGCUUCCCCUCACAUUCUUCUGUUAUAAGAAUGAGCCAGGGUACAUCAGUGACGACGAUGAGUGUGAUGAAGAUUUUGAGACUGCUGUGAGAAACCUCAAAGGAAAGUUGUAUCCUGAUCAACUGGAAGAAAGAUCUGGAGCAGCAAGCAGUGAUGGUACAUCCCAUGAUGUCAAAGAUCCUGAGUGCACGAUAAUCUGGGAGAAAAAACCAACCCCAGAGGAAGAGAGGAAAGCCAAGAGCCUACAGCUUCCCUCAACCUUUUUCUGUGGAGUGGGCAGUGACUCGGACACUGAGAAGGAUAAGGCUGAAGACUAUGAAACCGAGGUCCGGAAAGUGCAAGAAGCUCUGGAUGAGCAGAAAACUGAAGAUGCAGAGUCCUUUGAGGCUACAGGGUCAGGCACAAGUGAGGUCAAGACGGUGUCAGAACCUUCAUCCAUGCCAGAACCUUCAUCCAUGCCAGAACCUUCAUCUAUGCCAGAACCCUCAUCUGAAGAACCAGCUGAUGGUGCUAGCAGUGGCAGCUGUCCCAUUGACCUUUCUACGAGAAAGAGCACAGAAUGUUAUUCCAGUGGAAGUCAAGAUCCUCCAAAUGCAUUUGGUUUUGACUCAAUGGGAGGAUUCUCAUUUGCCGAUUUGGCUAAGAGCUCUGACGAUUUUGCUUUUGGGUCAAAAGAUUCGGAAUUCUCCUGGGCAAAUGCUGGGGCCUCUGUGUUUGGCACAGUUGUAAAACCAGAGUCCAAAAAUGAUGGAGAAGGGGAGGGAAGUGAUGAUGAUGAGACAUCAAACAAUGUAGAAAUCCACUUUGAGCCAAUCGUGUCAUUGCCAGAGGUUGAAGUCAAGUCUGGUGAAGAAGAUGAAGAGAUCUUGUUUAAGGAGCGCACCAAGUUGUAUCGCUGGGAUCGCGACUUGAACCAGUGGAAAGAACGAGGGGUGGGUGACAUCAAAAUUCUGUUCCACCCUGUCAAAAAGUACUACCGCGUGAUCAUGAGACGAGAGCAGGUGCUGAAGGUGUGUGCCAACCACACAAUCACAGAAUUUAUUGAGCUGAAGCCUAUGAACACCUCUGCCAAUGCCUUGGUUUGGACAGCCACAGACUAUGCAGAGGGAGACGGUAAAGUUGAGCAACUUGCUGCCAAGUUUAAGACUCCAGAGCUAGCUGAAUCCUUCAGGAAAACAUUCACAGACUGUCAGGCUCGCAUGUCCCAGGUAGAUGACUCCUCCCAGUUGUCCAAAGCCCAAGAGCAUUCAAAAGAGAGCAAUCCGCUGGUGUACUUCACCGUUGCUGUUGACGACCAGCCUAUUGGAACGAUUACCAUGGAGCUGUUCUCUCACAUUGUACCGAAAACAGCAGAAAACUUCAGGGCCCUGUGUACUGGCGAAAAAGGCUUUGGAUUCCGCAACUCUAUUUUCCAUAGAGUCAUCCCAGACUUUAUGUGUCAGGGCGGCGAUAUUACCAAUCAGGAUGGCACUGGAGGACGAUCCAUUUAUGGAGGCAAGUUUGAGGAUGAGAACUUUGAUGUCAGGCACACAGGACCAGGCUUGUUAUCCAUGGCAAAUCGAGGGAGGGACACCAACAAUUCCCAGUUUUUCAUCACCCUGAAGAAAGCAGAGCACUUGGAUUUCAAACAUGUUGCAUUUGGCUUUGUAAAAGAUGGCAUGGACAUUGUGAAACAGAUGGGAGAACUUGGCACAAAGACCGGGAGGCCCAGCAAAACAAUUGUCAUUACUGAUUGUGGACAACUGUAGUAUGUUCCUUUUAAGGAAUGUUGCACUUGCUCUUUCUUCUAAAUUUCCUAGAGGACUUUCCUUCUCUAAUUCCUGAUCUGCAUAUGUGUGUAUAAUAUACAUGUUGUUAACCUUUUUUAAAAAAAAUAAAUAGCAUGUCCUAAUAAAGUUAAACACUGGCAGUAAAUCUGUCAUCAUGUUUUGUAUAAUUAUGUUCUUUUCAUUUCAUUAAAGAAUGAGUGGUUGACUGAA